CGGCUCGCUUCUGUCGGCUCAGCCCGCUCCAGGACCCACGCAUGCUGCUGGAAGCUCGUCAUUUUCUAACUUUGAAGUAUUUUUAAUUUUAUAUUUUUAAAUUUCUUCUAUUUGUUUUAAGGCAGCGCACAAAGAGAAAGACGCGGCUUGAAGUUUGCUGGUUGUUGGGAAUGCGUCUCCAGCUGCCAGGAAAGAGCAGAGAGCGACAGGCCUUUCCGUCCAGCCACAUCUGAAGACAUGUUGUGCUGGACUCUGCCAGACUGGAAAGUACUGCUGCUGAUUGUUCUGCUGUGGGACGGAGUCUGGGCCGAGGGACUGAAACCCACGAGAUGGCCGCUGUAUUCCCGAAACCCUCUGCUCCUCGCGUGGAACGCCCCGACUGAAGACUGUGCCCCGCGGCAUGGCAUUCAUUUUCAGCUGGACCAGUUCCAGAUCGUGGCCUCACCCAAUGAGGGCUUUGUUAGACAAAAUCUGACCAUUUUCUACAAGGACCGCCUGGGCCUGUACCCCUACUUUGAGUCAGAUGAGACGCCGGUGAACGGGGGGCUGCCUCAGGUGGCCAGCCUCACGCAGCACCUGGAGAAGAUGCCAGAAGGUGUUCGCAGGUAUAUCCGUGAACCAGAGGCCAGAGGCUUAGCUGUCAUUGACUGGGAGGAGUGGCGCCCCCUCUGGAUACGCAACUGGGACAACAAAGAUAUUUAUCGCAGGCACUCUAGUGAGCUGGUGCGCCAGAAGAACCCGACCUGGCCCCCGGAGCAGGUGGGCAAAGUGGCCCAGCAGGAGUUUGAGAUGUCUGCCAGGAGGUUCAUGCUGGAGACGCUGAGGCACGCCAAGAACCUGAGGCCCAACCAGCUGUGGGGCUUCUACCUGUUCCCCGACUGCUACAACCACGACUACCGGCACACCCUGGAGAGCUACACGGGCCGCUGCCCGGAUGUGGAGGUGUCCCGCAACGAGAGGCUCAACUGGCUGUGGACCGAGAGCACUGCCCUCUUCCCCUCCAUCUACAUGAGCACGGUGCUGCAGUCCUCGCCGUCCGGACGCCAGUUCGUACGGAACCGCGUGAAGGAGGGGAUGCGGCUGGCUUCGUCGGGCACCGGGUUGGCACGUCCGGUCUUUGUGUACACCCGGCCCACCUACGCCAACUCCAUGGAGCUGCUGACAGAGACUGACCUGGUUUCCACCAUCGGGGAGAGCGUGGCGUUGGGAGCUGCUGGGAUCAUCCUGUGGGGAGAAGCAACCUACGCCAGCAGCAGGGCGAGCUGCUCUGACCUGGACUCGUAUCUCCGGGGCACGCUGAGCCGGUACCUCCUCAACGUCUCCACGGCAGCAGAGCUAUGCAGCCAGACCCUGUGUGGUUCCCACGGCCGCUGUCUGCGCAGAAACCCAGACAGUGACGUCUACCUGCACCUGAGCCCCGUCUCCCACAGCAUCGUGGAGCGAGGCGGCAAGCUGGCGGUCGCCGGCGAGCUCAGCGACGAGGACAAGGCCAGGCUUCAGGCGGAGUUUCAGUGCCAGUACUACCGGCGCUCCUCUGAGGAGGGGAGCUACAACCAGACGGACCCGGUGCACCAGAGGGGGACGGCGGCUCGGACCACAGCGUCCCGGUGUGUGAUGCUGCUGCUGCUGGUGCUCCUGCUCCUCUGCUGAUGCAGCAGCUGGAGAGAUGAGGAGUUUAAUGGAGAGAGGAGUGUCAUUUAGGUCUGUCUUCUUCAGUUGCUGUAAAAUAUGGAUGACACAAAGUGAAUUUUUUUUAAAGAAACACUGUGGAAAUUGCAAAGUAGUAUUUGUUUAUAGCUCUUAAUCCUUUUGUAAACGGCGGAGGGCUCGCUGGAAGUGACCUUGUUUACAUUUUGCUCUCAGUCACUGUUUCCCAAAGUGUCAGAUUCCAUGUUUCUCACAGUGAGGAUGCUUCUGUGGUCGACGUGAUGAGUGGGUCGGUGCACGCCGUCGCUGCCAAGUGGCGAAAGUGGAAAUGAUGCACUUAAAUCUGUUCAUAGCACAAUAUAGCCGAAGUGCCUGAUCUCUCUUCAACGUGACCUCUCCGACAUCUGAUUUUUAUAUGGAGGCAAUUACAGUAUUACUAUUUAUUUGAAUGUAUUUGUAGGUGUUUUCUAUGAUAUUUUCUUAUUUUUAUGUCCAAAAAAAAAUGACUACUAGUUUUCUCUUAAGACGUGUUUUUUUUUCCCAUUUAAGCUGCACAUGUUGCAGCUGUCUGACUUCAUAGUGUCAACAUCCAGUUUUGGACUUUGUAUGUUCAGUGAUUUCGUGACAUUAACGCCUCUCGUAUGCAAACAUUUGCUGUUUUCUGAACGUGGACAGUAAAUAAACUCCUUUGUUGAG